AUGCUUUCAAGUGGAAUGAGAGACGACAAGUGCUCCUGCUUUUCCACUCCCGAUACUCAACAAUCAGCAAAGAUGGCGGACGCUGCUCCUCGUGGCCGUGGUGGAUUUGGACGUGACCGUGGUGGACGUGGGCGCCGUGGCCCCCGUCGUGGUGGUCGCAGGGAUGGCGAGAAGGAGGAGUGGGUUCCCGUCACCUCCGUCGGCCGUCUCGUCAAGGAUGGCAAGAUCAAGUCGAUUGAGGAGAUCUACCUGUUCUCGCUCCCCAUCAAGGAGUACCAAGUCGUCGACCUGCUCCUGCCCAAGCUCAAGGAUGAGGUCAUGAAGAUCAUGCCUGUCCAGAAGCAGACCCGUGCCGGUCAGCGCACCCGUUUUAAGGCCUUCGUCGCCGUCGGUGACUUUGACGGCCACUUGGGACUUGGUGUCAAGUGCGCCAAGGAAGUCGCAACUGCCAUCCGUGGCGCCAUCAUCCUCGCCAAGCUUUCCGUCAUUCCUGUCCGCAGGGGCUACUGGGGUAACGCUCUUGGUGAGCCGCACACGGUGCCCAUGAAGGUCUCCGGCAAGACCGCUUCGGUCAUGUGCAGGCUUGUGCCCGCGCCGAGGGGUACCGGUAUUGUCGCUGCUCCGGCGUCGAAGCGCAUGCUCCAGCUCGCAGGUGUGGAGGAUGUGUACACGCAGGCGUCAGGUCAAACAGCUACGAUGGGUAACUUCAUCAAAGCUUGCUUCGUUGCCAUCAGCAAGACCUACGGCUUCCUUACCCCCAACCUCUGGCAGCACAUUCCUCCGCCUCCGACGCCUUUCGUCGAGCACUCGGCACACCUCGCCCGGGCUGCCAAGAAGGCGCUCUAAAAUGGUGGACAGCAAGUUGCUGCGUCUACCUUUCUUGCCAUCCCUCGCUUUCCCUACAUGUAUUUUGUAACGCCCCCCCCCAUGAUCACACCGAUGGCAAUGAAGU